GCAUUUAAUCAAACUAUAUACAUAUUCUAUCGACCAAACAAAAACCAUUCCGCGUUUUACAAUCUUUAACGUUUUGCAUUGCAUUGCAAAUAGUUGUUUGUAGAUUAGAUUUAUUUCAAAAAUAAUUGACAAGAUGACUGUUGAUCCAACUAAAUCGAUUCCUGCAUUUUACAAUGGACAAAGUAUACUUUUGACAGGUGCAACAGGAUUUCUGGGUAAAGUUUUUAUCGAAAAGAUACUACGAUCUUGUCCAGAUGUUCGUGAAAUAUUUGUGUUAAUGCGACCGAAGAAAGGAUUAAGUAUUAACGAAAGGCUCGAAAAAAUAUUAAACUUACCGCUAUUUGAAAAAUUGCGCGAGGAGCGACCUUCGAAUUUUAAGAAAUUAAUUCCAAUUUCUGGCGAUAUCAGUGAGAAAGGAUUAGGUUUGUCGGCUACGGACAAUCAAAUGCUGGUUGAAAGAGUGACUAUAAUAAUUCAUGCAGCGGCGAAUGUGAGAUUUAAUAACAGUUUAAAAUAUGCUAUAUAUGCCAAUACCAGAGCAACAAGAGACAUCUGUAUUUUAGCACAAAGUAUGAAGAAUUUAAACGCAUUGGUAUACGUUAGUACAGCAUUUGCACAUGUGAAUGAACCAUUCGUAGAUGAAAAAGUGUACCCGCCAAUAGCUGAUUGGCAAAAGAUAAUUGAAAUAGUCGAGACAUUGGAUGAACAUACUUUAGACAUUUUUUCGGCUAAGUGUUUAGAUUAUGCACCCAACACAUAUAUUUUUUCAAAAAACCUAGCGGAAAAGGUGAUACAAGAUUAUUCUUCCUCCUUCCCUUGUGCGAUUGUAAGACCUUCCAUUGUAAUGUCAACGUUACAAGAACCUAUUCCAGGAUGGUUAGAUAAUGUUUAUGGGCCAAUAGGACUUUUUAUUGGCGCUGGAAAAGGAAUACUACGAGUAGCAUGUUUGAAUAAAACUGUUAACGAAGAUGCAGUACCAGUAGACUUUGUCAUCAAAGUUAUAAUAAUCGUAACUUGGAAGGUAGGAUUAACCACGUAUGAUCACAGCAUUACAGAUUCCACAUCGUUAGUUGUAAAUUGCACAACUCUGAGAUAUUUUACAUAUCAAAAUAGUAUUUAUAUAUUGUUUAAUGUUGUAAAGGAAGUACCUUUCGAAGGAAUUGUCUGGACACCUCAUGUAAUAUUAACCGAUAAUCUUGUUCUAUUCUAUAUAUUAACAAUAUUAUUACAUAUUCUACCAGCUAUAUUAAUAGAUUUGAUUUUAAUGUUCGCUGGACGCCAACCUAUGUUAGUACGACUUCAGAGAGCAAUAUAUGUGGCCAAUCGUGCUCUGAGUUACUUUUCGUUCCAUAAAUGGAAAUACAACAAUGCCAAUAGGUUGACUCUGCAAUCUUUAGUACCACAUGACAAUCUUGAUGCGUUUUCUAUUGACGUUUCCAGUCAUGAUAUUAAAGCGUAUUCCAAAAAUGUUGUCAUUGGUAUCAAAAAGUUUCUUCUUCACGAAGACAUAAAUCGAUUAGAUGCAGUCAAAGCAUAUAAUAAAAGAGUGUAUCUGUUCGUCAGAAUGGUAAAAACUAUUAUCUUUAUUGGAGUACUGUGGAUAACAUAUAAGUGGAUCUUCGCCGGUACAUUAUAAAAUUGCUGACUUAAACUUAUAUAUUCAUAUUUAUCAAAUUAUAUUUUA